AUGAGCUCUAAAAAUUUCGCUGCUGCACAGGAGCGGGUUCUCGAACGCAGGCGCACUCGCGAUGCGGAAGCUCGCGCCCGCCGAGCGGAACAGCGACGAGCUUCUCCGAUCAACUCAGCCACUCUCCAACGACUUCCAUAUCCACUAAACCGUGUACCAGGAGCUGGGUGGUCAUUAUGGAACUCGAUCAGAGGCAGAGAGGGCACAAGGCCGGCCUUUCGCGUCGGACAGGUCGACGCCGAACUAUUGGACGAGGAGCUUCUUGGUUUGAUGAAGAACCAAGUUGGAGAUGCUCUGAAGUAUUUCGGACCGCAAAUGCGGGAGGAAUGGUCACAUGAAAUUUUAUUUGGACUGCGUGCGAUUCUCUUCAAACUGUCUAUCUGGGAUCAUAAUGCCUCUUACGGCGCGGCCUUGCAAGGUCUUCGAUAUACCGAUAGCCGAAGCAAAGGUCCUGUUCACACGGCCCCUACAAAAUGGCAGAAGACGAUGUACGGUCUACUUACAGUGGGGGGACGGUACGCGUGGGACAAAUGGGAGAGCUGGUUAGUUGGGCAGGAAGGUGGUUUUGAGGAGCCAUCGCAGGAAGUCCGCAUGCUCUCUCGGAUUACAGACCUUGCCUCCACAACACAUUCCGUCGCGGCCCUUGUUUCUUUCCUCAUUUUCCUCGUGAACGGUCGCUACCGGACACUUGUCGAUCGAAUUCUCCGAAUCCGCCUUACGCCGCCGUCAGCCCAGGCCAGUCGAGAGGUCUCCUUUGAAUACCUGAACCGGCAGCUAGUGUGGCAUGCCUUUACUGAAUUCCUCCUAUUCCUCCUGCCGUUGGUGGGCAUCAGUCGGUGGAAGCGAUGGAUCUCGCGAGCAUGGCGCAAAACUAUCAAGGCAUUAAAAUCGAGCGGGGACGAUGAGGAGGCCACAAAUGAUCAAGGCGAGCUGUCUUUCCUCCCGGAACGUACUUGCGCAAUCUGCUAUCGAGAUCAAAACCCGGCCGCAACUAGUGAGAGCGAGAUCCUUGCUGCAUCGGCAGCUGCAGGUAGUCUCUCCGGCUCUGCACAAACAGACAUUACCAACCCCUACGAGACUGUUCCUUGUGGUUGUGUCUACUGUUUUGUGUGUAUUGUACAGAAAUUGGAAGCAGAGGAAGGCCAGGGCUGGGUCUGUCUCCGUUGCGGUGAACUAGUCAAGAAGUGUCGGCCAUGGAAGGGCGAUGUUCUAGAGGAGGCACGAUCACAACCGGGGACUGGCAAAAUCGUUGGAUUUGCCAUUGACAACGGGCCACACAAUGAUUCUUCAGUCGAUGAUGCAGAUGGAAGGAUUUCCGAGAAGCCCAGCAUCUUGGAAAACAUCACAGCUGAUGAAGCCUUGCAUUCUAAUCAAUGGUCAUCGGGUGAGAAACAGGACGCUGAGAAUGGGCACCCCGUUGGAGAAAAUGGUUUCGCCGACGACAAUGCACUCUGA